UCUCUCUCUCCCUCCCUCCCUCUCUCUCUCUCUCCCUCGCUCUCCUUUGCUGAAUCUUAUUGAUCCAGAAGGUGGCUAAUUAGCCCUUCCCGUCGUGCCUGUGUAAUGAAGCACAUGCGCACUGAAUUAAUCACAGCCAUUUUUUGCAGGAAACUAAUUAGCAGGAAUAAAGAUCCAAAGAGUUUUUUUUCUUUUCAAUCAUCAGAUCUCACUUUCACCUCUUCCUCUCUCCCUCCAACACAAGACACAUCGCCUGCUUUGCAUCCAAAUUAUUUUAUAUCCCCCUUACUACUAGAACUUCUUUUUUUACACUCCUCAACAACAAUGAUCUUUCUUUUACCAUCCUAAAUGCAAACUGACCAAAAGGAACUGCCUUGAUGGGAUCUUUAGCCAAACCGUCUCUAUACUGGAUUAAAAAGCGAGGAUCACAAAGCGCCUGCAAAAAAAUUGCCUGGAUGCGAUGAGCGCCUCAUGCAGGCAUCAGUAUGGAAAGCUGUGAGUCUCCCGCAGUUUCUGGGACAGACGAUGGACUUGCCGCCGCCACCAACUCCCAGAAAGAGCAGCAUCUGCCGCAGUCCUGGAACGAGCACCCUAAAGUGCAAACCCCUCCCAGCAUCCAGCCCCCUUCACUGGAGCCCAUAUCAUUGACGGUGCCGUACCCCUCACAGCUCCAACCUUCCAGACGUUCCAGAGAGGGUGUAAGAGAACAGCAGCACCAUUCCACGCUAACCCCCGGUGAAGGCUUGGUAUCAGGGCUUUGUACAAGGCAAGAGGGGGAGGAAGAGGAGGAAGGGGAGGGGGGAAGCUGUGGAGAGGAGGAUGGCUUGGAAGAUUUGGAUGAAGAAGAGAUGGACGAUUGUUACCCAAGUUUGCAGCCCUUCCCUGGUGUCUCUGUGGUGCCAGGAAGAGGGCUACCAGCUCUCCUGCGGCGACGAGCAAGGCGGCGAGGGGCAGCAGAAAGUGGGAGUGAGGAAGGAGAGGAGGAGGAGGAGGAGGAGGAGGAGGAAGAGGAGAGUAGUGACGUGGAGAAUCUGGCUGGAGAAAUAGUCUACCAGUCUGAUGGCUCUGCGUACAUUGUGGAGAGCUUAAGCCAGCUGAUCCAAAGUGGUGGCGGAGCACUGCCCGGCCUGCUCCCCACAAACUCCCACCCCAGCACGGGGAAGUCGGGCGAACUUGCCGGGACCUCUUCCUCGGUCUACCCUCAGAUCAUCAACACGUUCCACAUAGCCUCGUCUUUUGGGAAGUGGUUCGGCUCCUCAGACCAAGGCUUCCCCAAUACCUCAACCCUGGCAGGCCUGAGCCCUGUCCUGCACAGUUUCCGCGUUUUCGAUGUGCGGCACAAAAGCAACAAGGAUUACCUAAACAGCGACGGGUCUGCCAAGAACUCCUGCGUAUCCAAAGAUGUUCCCAACAACGUGGAUUUCUCCAAAUUUGACGGGCUAGCCCUUUAUGGGAAAGGCAAGCCCAUCCUCAUGUGUUUUCUCUGCAAGUUGUCCUUCGGCUAUGUGCGCUCCUUUGCAACGCACGCAGUGCAUGACCACCGCAUGACUUUAAGCGAGGAUGAACGCCGACUCCUGGGGCAUAAGCAUGCCUCCGCCAUCAUCCAGGGUAUUGGCAAGGACAAGGAGCCCCUCAUUAGCUUCCUGGAACCAAAAAACAAGAGCCCUCCUCCCCCACCCACAUUGUUGCCCUUGAAUGCUGGGCAGAGUUUUUAUGGCACCUUUAGUGGUGUCCACUUAGAAGGAGGGAGUGUUGGGAGUGGUGGUGGGGAUAGUGAACCAGUUCUUAAUAAAGAUUCUGAUUCAAGCUCCCAGCAAGCCAUGUUAGGCCCUCUCUUAACACUGGGAGGGCUGGGCAGCUCCAAACCACCCUUGGUUACCUCAGCCCCAGGCCCAGCCAAAGACUCCAAUGUCCCGUCUGAUCGGGGAGGGAGAAUAGAGGGGCCUGUUGCAAGGGAAGGGACACAAAGGGGGGAGGAUGAGGGUAGGGAAAGAGAGACAGGGGAGGAUAAAGGACUCUUUCCGAGCAAUGAAAUCUCAGAUGAAGAGGAAGAACUUUUAGAAGAUGAUGAUGUUGACGAUGAAGAAGAUGAGGGCACCGCGGUCGCCUGCAGCAACAGCAGUGGCGGAGAAGGGGGGGAACUGGCUGUCUCAAACCAAAGCAUUUCCAAAUCUCCUUUAUUAAUGCCUAGUAGCGCUCUCCAGCCUUCCACCUGCCCCUCUGUGGCCAGCACCGCACACAGCAACACCACCUCCGCCUCUGUCUCCUCUUCUUCCUUUCUUAUGGUGUUUGAAGAGGGGUCAGAUGGCGCUGGGAGGAACCCAGAACUCCCUCUGAGCUUUAACUGCCAGGGGCCAGCACUCCCUGCUGCGGUGGGCAGGGGGGAAGAGGAUGAAGAAAUGGCCUGCCCUCCUGCCUCCACUGCCUCAGCACCUCUUGCUACCACCACCGCGACAGAUGAAAGUGCCAAUCGAGAUAGUGCCACAGCUCCUGAACCAAAUGAAAGCCCAGCGGAGGGUGAAGAGGACAGUGGGGCUCUCCUCCACCAUCACCACCUGCACCAUCAUCAUCAUCACCACCACCACCACUUGAUCCCGUCCUCCAGUCCCCAUAGUCAUACGCAUCCCCACCCUGGAGCGCCUUGUGAGUUGUUAGGAGCUGGCGAGUGUCCGCAGAGUGGUGUAGUUGGUGGCAGUGGGGUGGAGUGCCCCAAGUGUGACACGGUACUGGGCUCCUCGCGCUCACUGGGUGGUCACAUGACCAUGAUGCACUCCCGCAACUCAUGUAAAACUCUCAAGUGUCCCAAGUGCAACUGGCACUACAAGUACCAGCAAACACUGGAGGCUCAUAUGAAGGAGAAACACCCAGAAUCUGGUGGUUCCUGUAUCUACUGCAGCACGGGACAGGCUCACCCACGAUUGGCCCGGGGGGAGAGUUACACCUGUGGCUAUAAGCCUUUUCGUUGUGAGGUCUGCAAUUACUCAACCACCACCAAGGGUAACCUCAGCAUCCACAUGCAGUCUGACAAGCAUCUUAACAACAUGCAAAACCUGCAGAACGGUGGCUCCAUUGCUUCAGCAGGUGACCAAGUGUUUGGACAUGCCCCUGGCGGGGUGGUGGGAGUCCCCUCGGUGGCUCAGGCUGCUACCCACCACCCGGCUCACCACCACCCGACCCAAGGCUCUACCCAUGGGGGUGGGGCAUGUGGGGCCCCUUCCCCCACUAAGCCAAAAAGCAAGCCCACAUGGCGCUGUGAGGUGUGCGACUAUGAAACGAACGUGGCCCGCAACCUGCGCAUCCACAUGACUAGUGAGAAGCACAUGCACAACAUGAUGCUGCUGCAGCAGAACAUGACACAGAUGCAGCACGGCCGGUUGGGAUUAGGGGGCUUAUCCUCGCCCUCAGAAGCGGAGCUUUACCAAUACUACCUGACCCAAAACAUGAGCCUGCCUCCUGGUCUCAAGAUGGACACUGCUGGGGCUGACACCCAGUUUUUGUUGGGAGGGUUUCAGCUUGACCCUAAUAUGGCAGCCCUCACACCUGCCCUUGUCAGUGGCGAAAUCCCUUUGGACAUGCGCUUAGGGGGAGGUCAGCUGGUGUCUGAGGAGCUGAUCAACCUAGGGGAGAGCCUUUCCCAAACCAGUGAUCCCUCCCUCAAGUUGUUCCAGUGCGCUGUGUGCAACUGCUUCACCACCGACAACUUGGAGCUUCUGGGCUUGCACAUGGGCGGCGAACGCAGCUUGCCAGAAGAGGAAUGGCGGGCCGUGGUAGGCGAUUCACAUCAGUGCAAGCUCUGUCACUAUACCACCCAGCUUAAGGCCAACUUCCAGCUCCACUGCAAGACGGACAAACAUAUACAGAAGUACCAGCUAGUGGCACACAUCAAGGAAGGGGGGAAAGGCAAUGAAUGGCGCCUCAAGUGCGUGGCCAUCGGCAACCCAGUCCACCUGAAGUGCAAUGCGUGUGACUACUACACCAACAGCCUAGAGAAACUACAGCUACACACGGUGCAUUCUCGCCAUGAGGCCACCCUGAAGCUCUACAAGCAUCUUCAACAGCAUGAGAGCGCAGUAGAUGGGGAAGCCUGCUACUAUCACUGCAUACUGUGCAACUACUCCACCAAGGCCAAGCUGAACCUGAUCCAGCAUGUGCGUUCCAUGAAACACCAGCGCAGUGAAAGCCUACGUAAGCUACAACGUCUACAAAAGGGGCUCCCGGAGGAAGAAGAAGAACUGGGCACCAUCUUCACAAUUCGCAAGUGUCCCUCCGCUGAUGCGGGAGAGCUGAAUGAGGAUGUGGAGGCAGCUAGUGAGACCACCACAGACCAGGAGGACCAAACCAAAGACAGAGAAAGUGGGGGGGAUAAGGAACUCACCAAAGGGACAGCAUCCAACCAGGUGGAGAAAGAAAACACAGAUUCCUCUAUCUCUUCCAAACGGCCAUCUUCAAGAACUGAGGCUCAAGAGGCACAACUUGCCUCAAAGCGCCCCAGAACAGCAGACAAGUCCUCUACUGAGCAGAUGUACCAGUGCCCGUACUGCAAAUACAGCAACACAGACGUGAACCGAUUAAGGAUGCAUGUGAUGACACAGCACUCAGUCCAGCCCAUGUUCCGCUGCCCACUCUGCCAGGAUAUGCUCAAUAACAAGAUCCACCUUCAGUUUCACCUCACCCAUCUGCACAGUGUGGCCCCUGACUGUGUGGAGAAGCUCAUUGCCACGGUAAGUGCCUCAGAGGUGCUACCUACAAGCAUGUUCAUACCAGUACCAGGGCCUGAUCGGGAAGGACAAAAUUCAUCUCAGACUACAGCCAACUCAAACAAUGAAGAAUCAAAAAAGAAAACAGAUGUUCCUGAGGCUGAUCAUGAGCAUGUCAGCAGUGUACCUGUGGACAGUAUGGACCCUCGAAGUACAGAACCUCAGAAAUCACCUCUGGAGGACCAAGGAGCAACAAAAGAAGACUCUGCAGGUUUUCUCUGCUGGAAGAAAGGGUGCAAUCAAAUCUUCAAGACAUCCAACUCUCUGCAAGUCCACUUCAAUGAAGUGCACAACAAGAGACCUCAGCUCCCUGUUUCAGAUCGCCAUGUUUAUAAAUAUCGCUGUAAUCAGUGCAGUUUGGCAUUCAAAACCGUGGAAAAGCUCCAGUUGCAUUCGCAAUAUCAUAUUAUUCGGGCAGCCACCAUGUGCUGUCUCUGUCAGCGUAGCUUCAGGACUCUCCAAGCACUUAAGAAGCACCUUGAGACUAGCCAUCUAGAGCUCAGUGAGGCUGACAUCCAACAGUUGUAUGGAGGCUUGCUUAUUAAUGGUGACUUGAUGGUCAUGGGUGACCCCUCACUGGGAGAGGAGCAAGGUGCCAUUGGUGAGGAAGACAAAGAAGGAGAAGAAAGUGACCCAGAAGAAAAACAGAGCCCAGCUGGUAGUGAUUCUGGAUCUAUUCAGGAAGACUCCGGUUUAGAGCCAAAAAGAGCACUGCCUUUUAGGAAAGGUCCAAAUUUUACCAUGGAGAAGUUUUUAGAUCCAUCCAGGCCAUUUAAAUGUACGGUGUGCAAGGAGUCGUUUACUCAAAAGAACAUUCUCCUAGUCCAUUACAACUCUGUCUCCCAUCUACACAAAGUCAAAAGAGCAUUGCAGGAGUCGACCACAGGCCAACCAGAGCCCACCAGCAGCCCAGACAACAAGCCAUUUAAAUGCAGCACGUGUAAUGUGGCCUAUAGUCAGAGUUCUACACUGGAGAUUCACAUGCGUUCAGUUCUCCACCAGACCAAGGCUAGAGCUGCAAAACUGGAAGCGGCUGGAGGCAGCAGCAGCAGUACAGUUAGUACGAGUGGAAGUGGCGUAGGGGGUGGUGGCUCAUCAGUAGGAACAUCUACACCAAGCCCAAAUUCAAUGACUAAUGCUGUUGGAUCCAAUAGUAAUAACUCUACAGCAGUGUCCCACAAUUCUCAGAGCAUGACAGCUGGAAAUCAAGUGCCAUCAUUAUUGUCAGCAGAAAUAAUUGGUAUGCCAAUGGCAUCUGCUGGCCUCCCUUCUCCUUCAGAACAUAAAGAUGUAAAAAAGAAAAAACUAGCUGACAUGCUGUCCACCAGAGGACAUCAACAACAACAGCUCCAGCAGCAGCAGCAGCAGUUCCAGCAACAGCAACAGCUAGCUCAAGCUCAGGCACAGGCUCAGGCACAAGCCCAGCUUCAGCAGGAGCUUCAGCAACAAGCAGCUUUAAUCCAAUCUCAGUUGUUCAACCCAGCACUUCUGCAACAUUUCCCAAUGACCACAGAAGCUUUGCUUCAGCUACAGCAGCAGCAUCUCUUGUUUCCAUUCUAUAUCCCUGGUGCCGAGUUCCAACUCAAUCCUGAGCUUAACCUACCAGUUAGCAGCUCUGCUCUUAGCCUACCUGGACCAUCCUCCUCUCUCUUAGAGGACCUUAAGCACUCUGCUCAACAAGCACAGCAAACAUGUCUGCAGCAACAGUUAAUUCAUCACCAACAGCACCAUCACCAACAGCAACAGCAGCAAGGGCAGAUGUCUUUGCUGCAGCAGAAUGUGUCACUUCUUUCACAGGUUGAAAAAAAGCCAAAGCCACAAUGUCACAAUGAGAAAGAAAGGGAUGGACAUCGAGACAAAGAGGUAGCUGAGAAGAUAGAUGAUGGAGGACUUCUCUCUAGGGAUGGCACUCUAGAGAGCCUAAAACCCAAAGAUAAGAAAGAGCAACAUCAGACAACAACUGCUGGCAGCUCAGAGUCUGGCUUCCCUCCUCCCAGAAUUGCUUCUGACGCACGGGGCAACGCUACCAAAGCUCUACUAGAAAAUUUUGGGUUUGAGUUGGUCAUCCAAUAUAAUGAGAACAAGCAGAAGGUACAGAAAAAAGCUGGAGGCAAUGUAGCUUCAGGACAAGGUAUCAACACCAAUGGUAGUCGAGCCAUGGAUCCAUACGAUGGCCUAGAAAAACUGGAAUGUGAAGCUUGUGGAAAGUUGUUUUCAAAUAUCUUGAUAUUAAAAAGUCACCAGGAGCAUGUCCACCAAGCCUUUUUCCCAUUCCGAUCUUUAGAGAGAUUUGCAAAAGAGUACAGAGAACAUUAUGACAAAUUGUACCCUCUCAGACCCCAGACACCAGAUGCACCACCCCCACCUCCCCCACCUCCACCACCUGCUCCACCCCAGCAAAAUUCAGCUUCAAACAUCCCUGCUUCUGCACCACCAAUCACACCUCCUGCCAUUUCCACUCCGCAACCUCCAUUGUCCAUGACCCAGCUUCCUAUGUCCAUGGAACUGCCAAUAUUUCCACCCCUCAUGAUGCAGCCCAUGCCUCUUCAGCCUUUGCCUACACAGAUCCCUACCCAACUUCCUGCUGUGGAUCCCCUGUCUACUGAUUUAGCACAAUUAUAUCAACAGCAGCUCACUCCUGCUAUGCUUCAACAACAGCAGCAAAACAAAAGGCCCCGAACCCGUAUUACCGAUGACCAGCUACGUGUCCUGCGGCAGUAUUUUGACAUUAACAACUCCCCUAAUGAGGAACAAAUUAAAGAGAUGGCAGAUAAGUCUGGACUUCCUCAGAAGGUCAUCAAGCACUGGUUUCGCAAUACACUCUUUAAAGAACGACAACGUAACAAAGACUCGCCAUAUAAUUUUAACAACCCACCUGUCACUACCCUUGAAGAGCCCAAAAUUGAUUCAAAGCCCCCUUCACCUGAACCUCUGAAGCCUGACUAUUUUGGGAGCAAGAGAUCCUCAAGGACACGAUUCACUGAUUACCAACUGCGCAUCCUGCAGGAUUUCUUUGAUGCCAAUGCUUAUCCCAAAGAUGAUGAAUUUGAGCAGUUGUCAAACUUGCUAAAUCUUCCCACGCGGGUAAUUGUUGUUUGGUUCCAGAAUGCCCGCCAAAAAGCUCGUAAAAAUUAUGAAAACCAAGGAGAAGGUGGGAAAGAGGGUGAAAGGAGAGAGUUGUCCAAUGAUCGUUACAUUCGGACCAGCAAUCUUAACUACCAAUGCAAGAAGUGCAGUCUGGUUUUCCAGAGAAUCUUUGACCUCAUCAAACACCAAAAGAAGCUCUGCUAUAAAGAUGAAGAUGAGGAAGGGCAAUAUGACAGUCAAAAUGAAGAUUCCAUGGAUGCGUUUCAUGAAUAUCAUACACCAUCUGGCUCAUCGUGCAGCACACCAAUGCCUUCCUGUUCCAGUCUUUGUUCUUUACCUUCAUCCUCAGUACCAUAUAUGUCUGAAAAGGAAGAAGGUAUCCCCACUAGCAAGCAAAACUCAUACGAUGAAAAAGGUAAACAGUCAUCUGAAGCACCUGGUCUGAUCCACCUGCAGGAUAACCCUGAGUCAAUAAAACAAGAAAACUCCCAGCAUUCCCUGAUAGAGCAGCAACAGGAAGAAAGAGUGCAGGCAGCACCAAAGACACCACAGCUUUCAUCUCCUUCCCAGUCUCAUCAGCAACAAUGCGGUUCAACAGUUUCUCAAGUAAGCCCCAAUCCUACACAGGUAUCACAUUUGCCCCUAAAUCCACAAUUGACCUCUACUCCACAACAACAGCAAUUAGGAAAUAUGUCUCAGCAGAUGGUACCUUACCAGUGUGACCAAUGCAAGCUGGCCUUUCCUUCAUUUGAGCACUGGCAAGAACACCAGCAGCUUCAUUUUCUUACAGUGCAAAACCAAUUUAUCCACCCACAGUUUCUUGACAGAACCAUGGACAUGCCUUUCAUGCUGUUUGAUCCUAGCAACCCCCUGCUGGCUAGCCAGCUACUCCAAGGCGCAAUGCCACAAAUUCCCACAAGUUCUGCUACAUCUCCUUCAACUCCAACCUCCACCAUGAAUUCCCUUAAAAGAAAACUAGAAGAGAAAGCUGGGGCAAGCCCUGGAGAGAAUGACAGUGGGAACAGUGGAGAGGAGCCACACAGAGAUAAGCGCCUAAGAACCACCAUCACACCAGAGCAGCUAGAGAUUUUGUACCAAAAGUAUCUUCUGGAUUCCAAUCCUACCCGUAAAAUGCUCGAUCAUAUUGCCCAUGAGGUUGGUCUGAAAAAACGUGUUGUCCAAGUAUGGUUCCAGAAUACACGAGCCCGAGAAAGAAAAGGCCAGUUCCGUGCUGUAGGGCCUGCCCAAGCCCAUCGCCGGUGUCCUUUUUGCAGGGCUCUUUUUAAAGCAAAGACUGCAUUAGAAGCUCACAUCCGAUCUCGCCACUGGCAUGAAGCCAAGCGUGCCGGCUACAAUUUAACACUUUCCAGUAUGCUUCCGGAUCAGGAAGGUUAUCAACUAAAAGGGGAUCCAAUGGAUGGGCCAAGCUUCUCCCAUCUUCCUCAGACCAAUAGUGAUGGGCACUGUUCGUCUUUGUCACCUGUCAAUAAAAGUAUGGAUCUCUCUCCCAGAGCUUUGCUUAGCCCAUCAUCAAUUAAGGUGGAAGGAAUGGAAGAUUUUGAAAGCCAAACAAUGUCUUCAGUCAAUCUGAGUUUUGAUCAGAGUAAGCUGGAUAAUGAUGAUUGUUCUUCAGUUAAUACAGCCAUCACGGACACUACAACAGGGGAUGAGGCCAAUAUUGAUAAUGAGAGUGCCACUGGAAUGUCGUCUGAAUCUAAACAAGGCCAUAAUCAGGGUGACCUCAUUUCUAAGUCUGGUGGAAUUGCCCCAUCUUUGGAGAAUGAAGACCAAAUGUCUUCAGGUCUUGUUAGCCCUGCAACUAGUUUUUAUGCCAAGGAUUUUGAGAAUGAGACACUGGUGGAUUACAGUGAGACCUCCAGUCUGGCAGACCCAUGUUCUCCCAGUCCUGGUGCCAGUACAUCUGGUAACAAGAAUAUGGAUAGUGGUGACAGACCUGGCCAAAAGCGCUUCCGGACUCAGAUGACCAACCUCCAGCUAAAGGUUUUAAAAUCUUGCUUUAAUGACUACAGGACUCCUACUAUGCUGGAAUGUGAGGUGCUUGGCAAUGACAUUGGACUUCCAAAAAGGGUUGUUCAGGUGUGGUUCCAAAAUGCACGAGCAAAGGAGAAAAAGUCCAAACUCAGUAUGGCCAAGCACUUUGGUAUCAACCAAACAUCGUAUGAGGGACCUAAAACUGAAUGCACAUUGUGUGGCAUCAAGUACAGUGCUCGGCUAUCAGUCCGAGACCACAUUUUCUCCCAGCAGCACAUCUCCAAAGUGAAGGACACCAUUGGAAGUCAGCUGGACAAAGAGAAAGAAUACUUUGAUCCAGCCACUGUUCGGCAGUUGAUGGCUCAACAAGAACUGGACCGGAUCAAGAAAGCCAAUGAGGUAUUGGGGUUAGCGGCUCAGCAGCAAGCGAUAUUUGACAGCCCCCCUCUUCAGGCUCUGAACCUUCCUUCUGCUUACCCCACUCUACAGGGGAUCCCUCCAGUCUUGUUGCCAGGGGUUGGCAGCCCCUCAUUACCAGGCUUUGCAUCGUCAAAUACAGCUUUAACGUCUCCAAAACCCCCAAACCUUCUGAGCAUGCCUGGAACAAGUGUGCCCUCGCCCAGCCUUCCAACGUCAGGACAGCCCAACAAAACAGCUACCACAUCCCUGGCCUCCCCAAGCCCAGCUCAAACCAGCACCUCUACUCCACAUCCUUCUGCAACUGCAUCCCAACAAGCCCAGCGAGCUGAGCCUCCAAAGGAUCGUGAUAUUGAAAGAAGCCGUGAGAAAGAAAAGACCAAGGAAAAAAUGGAACAGCCUCUGCCUGCUGCUGUGGGUUCGGCUACAACCCCCUCUAGUGCUGCUAGCAGUAGUAUCAAGAAGGAAAAACUUGAAGCAGCUGUUUCAGCCACAUCUAUACCUACCCCAGGAAUGGAAUAUGUGGUUGACCCAGGACAGCUUCAGGCUCUGCAGGCAGCCUUGUCGUCAGAGCCUACUGCUUUAUUAACAAGUCAGUUCCUCCCCUACUUCAUGCCAGGUUUCUCUCCUUACUAUGCUCCUCAGAUACCUGGGGCUCUGCAGGGGGGCUAUCUGCAGCCCAUGUAUGGGAUGGAAGGACUGUUCCCUUAUAAUCCUGCUUUGUCGCAAGCACUGAUGGGGCUGUCUCCAGGAUCCUUGCUGCAGCAUUACCAGCAAUAUCAGCAGAGCCUACAGGAGGCACUCCAGCAGCAGCAACGACAACUGCAGCAGCAGCAAAAGCAGCAGCAGCUUCAACAACAGCAAAUCCAGCAACCCAAAGCAAGCCAAACUUCAGCUCCUCCAUUAGCACCGGAGACCCCAAAUAACCCAGAUCACAAAGAACCUGCCAAAGAUCCACCAAAAGCUGAAGAGCAAAAAGGCUCUCCUUCCUGUGAAGCCUCCUCUUCUUCUUCCUCCUCCUCCUCAACCUCCUCCUCCUCCUCUUCUUCUUCUUCUUCUUCUUCUUCUUCUUCCCUUCAGAACCAUCCUUCUGAGCAGCACGAGACAGAAAGCAAAAGUGCGGAACCUCCCCUUGACCAGUAUAUUGUCCCGAAGGUGCAGUACAGGCUGGUAUGCCGCAAGUGUCAAACCGUCUUCAGCAAGGAAGAGGCGGCAGCCAGUCACCUAAAGUCGAUCUGCUUUUUCGGUCAGUCUGUGGCAAAUCUGCAAGAGAUGUUGCUUCGGGUCCCCACUGCCAGUUCCGCAGCAGGCAGCAGCUUUGACUGCUUAGCCUGUGAGACCACACUGGAAGGGGAUGAAGCCCUGAGUCAACACCUGGAAUCAGCCUUGCACAAACACAGAACAAUCAAGCGAUCAGCCAGAAAUGCCAAAGAGCACGCUACUAGUUUAUUACCUCACUCUUCAGCCUGCUUCCCCGAUCCUAACACCGCAUCUACCUCGCAGUCUGCCGCUCACUCCAACAACAGCCCCUCUUCCCUGCCAACAACAAAAACAACACCGUCGCUGCCCUCUUCUGUGUCUUCACCGUGCUCCUCUUCUUCUACUACCAUGACAAAUCCCCCACACGUAACCACCACCGGCAAGUCCUGGCCCCAGGCUCCCCACUCCCAAGCUUUACCUGGGAAGCCCACUAAUUCUGCUUUCCCCCCAGUAUCCUCACCUUCAACGGUUACCUCAAGUUCAUUGAGCACCUCAGGGGUUCAGACCUCGAUACCAACAGACGUCUAUUCCGACGAGUCCGACUCUGACACGAGUCAGAAGUCGUCGGACAGGCUGGGCAGGCCAGCAGAGGAGCCACAAGACCCCAGCUGUCACAAAGACUGUAGUAGUAGUAGUCAUAGUAGUAGUCUUGCUAGUGUAGGAACGGACUCCAUCAGAUUGUAAAAGAGCUUUCAAUGAUGGACAAUAUUUUAAAAAAAGUGAUGUUAAAAAUGUUUUAAAAAUAUACAAACCAAUUUCAGAAAAAAAAUGUGUAAAGACUAACUGCAAUUCCAAAGCUUGUAACCAAAAAUUAAAUGUUAGUGGAUUGUUUUCCCAUAUUAACAUGCUGGUUUUUGUUUCAAUCCACAUACACACACACUCACAGAGAGAGAGAGACAAAAAAAGACCAAUGCAUGGCUGCAGGUAGGUCUGGAGUACUGUUAGCAGAAAGUAGCGACCACAAAGCGAUCAGCCAGGGCCCUCAAACAAAUGUAUCUCUUGUUUUGCAAAAUGGAUCCCUGUUAAUAGCACAGUAAAAGCCAGUAUGUCGUGUAUGGGAGAAUAGUCUUACAUUUACAGUUUUCUUGCUAUCUAAGCAUUCAGAUACCAAUGGCUUGCUAAAAUAAGAAAUAAUGUAAUGUCUAUUUUAUUCUCAGGUCAACAGCUCACAACCUUUUUCUGUUACAGAAAAAAAAAAAUCAUUGUUUUAUACUUUUUGUUCCUAACAGGGGGAAAAAAGAUUCUGUUUUUUAACAAUUAAUUUUAAUGGGCAGAAAGUUUAAAGGAAAAUAUUAUGAUGGCAUAGCUUUCUGGGGGAUCAAAGGGUAGCUGAUCUGCUGAAUUUAAACAAACCGUAAUUUCAAGGGGAAAAUUAGCACUCCCACUUUACCCGGAUACAAAGAGUGUUGAGGACUUGUAGGUUUAAAAAAAAAAAAAGAAGAAAAAAGGAAAAAAAAAAGAUUUUUUUAAGAAAAAAACUUUCUGUAUUUAUGAUAGAUAUGAACAUUUUUGGUGUUAAGUAGAUUGUUGCAUUGGAAAUGAAUUUAAACAGUAUGGUAGAUUGAAAAAAAAAUCUUUGUGUACAUUUAGCUUUUGUAUUGUCCAACUUAAAUGCGCUUCAUUUGAUGUUGUCUUGAUCAUUCUGCUAGGAUAGAUUUAGGGGCAGUAACUGGUCUAUAUUUUAUUUCUGUCCAACUCUCCUCUGUUUCUCACCUUUUUUUUUCACCUGACCUCCUAUUACGUUUAAAGGGGGUCUCUUCAUUUUGUAGAGACUGAAUCAAGCAAUUUCUUUGUGUGGGACAUUUAUGGGUUUUUUUUUUAAUUUUUCCUUUUCCUCUUAUUUUUUCGUGUGUCAUCUUUUUUUUUUUUUUUUUUUCAUUUUGGUUAUAAUAGUUAUGACCAAAAGGAAAAAAAAAAUACAACUUUGAGGUAAAACUUGGAAGAAGAUAUUAAAUUAUUAUGUUAUCUUUGUGCACUUAACAUUUCUGUCUUUCUCUCUGCCUGUGUGGCUGCCUCCUCUUGUGCUACAAAGCAGACGCUUCUUCUCUGUGUAGUGUGGCUGCGGUCAGGUUUUUUUUAUUUUUAUUUUUCUAUAUUUUUUGUCUCAUUUAAAUUUAUUUUUUUGUCAUAGAUGAUAAUGAAAGAAUAAUAAUUCUCACGCUUUAAAACAAAAAGAAAAUCCAAAGACAAAACACUUUCACCAUUGGUGCAUAAAAAUGAUGAGAAAAAGAGGCUUCUUUAUACUUGAGAAUUUGUUGCUGUUUUUAAAAGAAAAUGACAUUUAAGAAAAAAAUAAAGGAGUAAUAGCAUCCAAGUUGCCAUUUUUGCUUCUUGUGUAAGCAGACAGGUGGCUUUUUACGUAAUAUAACAAAAUAAAGUAAACCAAAAACCAAAAAAGGGCACUUGUCCUUGCAUUGUGGAGUAGCACCAUUGUAGAGCCAUUACAGUUUGUAAGAUAGAGGUUUAAAAAGCUCUUUGUUAAACUUGGGGCACUUGUGUCAUGUUGAUCUAGACAUCUUCAUUUCUGUCACACACAAAAGUCAUUUUUUUUUCUUUCUUUCUCAAGAAAAUGUAUAAGGUCUGGUCUCUGAAGACGUAAGUUUUGCUGCUAAUGUAGUUUUUGAAACAAAAACCUAGCUGCAUGCUCGUUUUGCUUUUGGCUAAGCUUUAACAAAACCAGAAAAAUAAACCAAUUUUUUUUCCUGCCUCUGCUAUUUCCUUUUUUCUUUUUCUUUUUUUUUUUUUUCCUUGUUGCAAAACGGAACUUUGAAGACUGUGAAUAUGCUUUCCAAAGGACAGUUUAGAUGACUGUCUUUUUAUUUUUUAUAGUAAUCCAAUGUUGAAAGCCAAUGAUCUGUGUUAUUUGUACAGGGCAGUGCAUUCCGAAGUGUCACGAUGGAGAGGGAUUUCUUUUUCUUUCUUUCUUUGAAAGACUGAUUUUGUUUUUCUGUCGAUUGCAAAGUGGCUAUAAGCUGUUGGGUACACCUAACAUAUGUGUUUGCACAAAGUGCAAAUCUGUCUCCACUUCUCUCUUUUUUUGUUGUUGUUGUUUUUUAACUUCACAAGUAAUUCAGUAAGUCUGUGGAGCCAGGAAGCAUUUAUUUUACCUAAUAAAUGACAAAAUGUUCUGAAGGGUGACCCCCUACUGGACAACAUAGUGUAGACUGUUGAACAAGAGGGCUAUGAGGACAAAUCAGUUUGCUAGAAAGGCCACUGAAGAGAAGGCACCAUUUUGUACACGACGAGGCUUUUUUCAUUUUCAUUCACGUGACUGACAAGCGUUGACGCUGUUCGCACAGACCGCCGGAUUCAGACAGGGAGCUGUCUUUUAUGAAGUGUUAUCAAAGAACCACCCUUGCAGGUUUAUUUUAUUUUUUUCCAUUUCUGAAAGUGCAAUGGAGACCCAAAGAUUUAUUGUUUUGUUUUGUUUUGAAGGUAUUUUGGAUGGUAAAAGAAUUUAAAGAAGGGACAUAUUUUUUAGAGGUUCUAUAAUUGAACUAAACAAACCCAAAAGACUGAAAUACAUUCUGCAUUGUACUGUAGCCCCAGGUGUGCACCACAUUCAAACGAAGUGCCACCACGGGUACUCUGCCCCGAUCGGAAUCGCUCUAAGACAGAAAGCUGUGAUGUUUCUUUUUUUAUAUUAUUUUUUUAAAACACUUAUUUUACGCCUCCUAUCGGCACACACCCCAAAAUAUGGCACUCUCUCAUAAAAUAAUAAAGAUGCGUACAGAGAGAGAGAUGGAAGGGAAAGGGAAAGAGACAGAGAAAAAUAUCAAUAGUCAGCAUGGCAGUUUCUCCUGUUUUCUGCGUUCAGUCUGUAAUUUUCUGAAAAAUUAAACGUUUUUUCAUGAAAUUGUUUAUUUGUAUGCUACUUUGUUUAUAUAUGUUACAUUUUCAUCAUAUAAAUUGUUAUCACUUUAACACUAGCUUUAUAUUUGAAAUACUGAAGUUUGUUUUUUUUUUUUAUUAUUCUUUUAUUUGUAUUUUUUUUUAUCUUUAUAUGAUGACUUGGCCACUUUAUUGUGUUUUGUUUUCUGUAUUUUGUGUUUCAAUAGACUGUUUAAAUUCUCGUUUCCAAAGUGUAUUCUGUUUGGACCAGCGUUCAGACAGAAAAGAAAGAACUGUGUGUGACCCAGGAGAGCCUUUGUUCAGUUUAUCUGAUUUCAUUUUAACGACUUGUGGUUUUUAUUUUAUUAUUAUAAUUAUUAUUAUUAUAUUUUUGUUAAGGUAUAUUUUGCAUGUAAAAAUGGCACCAAAAGUACUGAACCGCAAAGCUGGAUAAAUACGGAGGUGAAAAAAAAAAACAAAUUUAUAUUUUAUUUGGAUGUUGUUCUUUUUUUUUUUUUUUUUUUUUUUUUU